CCAAAAGUGCUCUCGGCAAGGUCCGAGCCAGAGUCUCAUUUAUACUCCCACCAUGUCCAGGCCCAUCCCAACAGAAGAAGAAAAAGACGAUGUGCUGCUUGCUUGCCGCUAUGGCGACCUCGAAGACGUACAGCAAUUUGUGGAAAAAUUUAGCACGGAGUCGCUGAACGAUGUCCGGGACGGCAGCGGGAACAGCGUCCUGCACAUGGUCUGUGCGAAUGGACACACAGGUGAGUCUCGCCUCGGUCACCGCAGCCUGUGGAGAACUGACCCGCGCAAGGUAUUUAACAGACGUGCUCGACUAUCUGUUGCCCAUCGUCUCGCCGUCGCUGCUCUCGAUGCAGAACGAUGCCCAGUCGACGCCGCUCCAUUGGGCGGCGCUGAAUCAGCACCUCAACGUCGCGCAGAAGCUCGUAGAGUUCCCUGGCGGGCCCGGCGUCGGCCUUAUUGACAUCAAGAAUGCCGCGGGUCGCUCGCCCUUCGGCGAAGCUGAGAACGCAGGCUGGAAUGAGGGUGCGAAGUGGUUUGUCGAGGUCAUGGACCUCGAUGAUGCUGCGAAGGGAGAGGAGGAGCUUGUUCCUGCAGAGGAUGCGGAUCAGAUUGAGGUUGAGAUUCAGGAUGCGGAUGGUCAGGUCGCGAAAUUGAAAAUAUCGUCCCAGCAGCAGUCCAAGUGCGUCCCAUGAUGGUU